UAUUGCCCCACUGCACUCUAGCCUGGGCAACAGAGCAAGACUACAUCUGAAUAAAAAAAGAAAGAAAAGAGGACCAUAGGUACAAAAAGAAUUUGAGCGGGAACAAAAGAUGGGCCACGUGAACAGACCGGUCGUAUAACAAUAAUAGUUCUGGUUAACAUUUACCGAGUUACUGUGUGCCAGGCACUGUGCUAUUAUGCGAUCUCGACACGUAUUACCUCGUUUAAUCUAUAGAUCAAGUAGGUAGGUUAUUAUGACCAUUUUCAGGUGAGGAAACUGAGGCUGGCAGACAUUAACUAAUUUGCUCAAGUCUCCAUCGCUAGUUAAACGGAGUUUGGAUUCUCAGUGAGGACUGAACUCUGACCUAGAAGUGUGCCUUGCUUGAGAACCCUGGCUCUUCAGGCAGAUGCUCAACCGUCUCCCGACUAUUUUUCUGCUGUAUUAGUGGCCGCUUUUGUUAGUAUUUUGCAAGAGCUGUUUGUAUUUUGGUUGCAGGGGCUCAGCAUAGGGAAGGAUCCAUCUCGGCAGAAGCCAGGAGUCAAGGCGGGUCAGCGCGCAGAGGACAGUGGAAUCCGAGGGGAUGGUAGGAGAUCAACCGGACCCAGAACAGAGGACUGCAAGGAUGAGUGCACUUGACCCCCUCAGAGAAAAACCCAGAGUGACUCACAGGAGAAAGACAAAACAACCAAAGCUUCCCGAGUGUACAGGAAGUCUAAAGUCACCAGAAGGAAGAAGAAAACCUGGAACAGCGAGAGCUGGCCAAGCGCUGCUAAGACCUAUGCAAAUAAGACCCGCCCACGCUGCCUGGAAAUCGGGCCUGGGAAGUCAGAAAACAAAGCACAUGCGUGCAAGGCUGCACGGAAGGGAGGCGGAGGAGGCGGCUCCGAGGGAGCAGAUCAACUCUUCAAAUUAUUCAAAUGACCCAUAUGAGAAACAGAGAAAAGCCAAGUAUUUCUGGUUGAAACGGAGAAGCCGGGCUGGAGUGUGCCUCCCUCCAGCUCCCCGCUUUAACUCCCUAAGGUUGGUGGGAUGGCCAGCUCUAAGAUCUCGGAAGGCUGACUGGCUGUGUGCUAAGAACAAAGCAGAAGACAGCGAGGUUUGUACACGCUCCUUGCAGUUACUUAGGCACAUUAAAAGAUCAGCGGGUGACUGGACUGAAUCUGAUAGUUGGAGCUUUUAAGCUUCAAAGUAGGUGACUUUCACAGCAACUGAAGUGCUGAGCAGGCAGCCACUUUGUGCAAGGAGGAGGUUCCAGCCACUUUCAAAGAGAAAUGAGGGCCCCAGAGAGAGGAAGCCCAGAAGACUCAGUUACCCUCUUCACAUCUAGAAAGAGGAAAUUGCCACCCUACCUUUCCAGACCAGGGACUCCAGAUCUUGAAGGGACUGCCCACAAUCUCACAGGUGCUUGGCUUCCAGGUUCAAUUAGUUGCCAUGCCCUGGGGGGAACUCAGGUCCCCCACCUUCCUCCCCACCCCACCCCCUAGGAAGCUCUCUGGCCUCGGCUCCAAGCAGGUGUGCUCAAGAGGCUGCAGACUGGGCCACCUGGCAGCCCCAGGUGCUGCGUGCAUGCUGCCAUGGAGACAGGCCCCUGGGUUGGUGGCAAGAAGGCAGUCUCCCAAAGCUUCGCCGAUUCAGGGGAGGGAGCGACUGGAGCCUCAGGCCCUCCAGAGUAGUCUGCCUGACCACCCUGGAGCCCACAGAAGCCCAGGACUUCUUCUGCGAGGCCUCCCCUUGUGUGGCUGAGGAUGGCUGAGCAGCAGGGCUGGGAGCUUGAGGCCGAGUGCCCCGUCUGCUGGAACCCCUUCAACAACACGUUCCAUACCCCCAAAAUGCUGGAUUGCUGCCACUCCUUCUGUGUGGAAUGCCUGGCGCACCUCAGCCUGGUGACUCCAGCCCGGCGCUGCCUGCUGUGCCCGCUCUGUCGCCAGCCCACCGUGCUGGCCUCAGGGCAGCCUGUGACUGACUUGCCCACGGACACUGCCAUGCUCACCCUGCUCCGCCUGGAGCCCCACCAUGUCACCCUGGAAGGCCGUCAGCUGUGCCUCAAGGACCAGCCCAAGAGCCGCUACUUCCUGCGCCAGCCUCGAGUCUACACACUGGACCUUGGCCCCCAGCCUGGGGGCCAGACUGGGCCGCCCCUAGACACGGCCUCUGCCACUGUGCCUACGCCCAUCCGCAUCCCCAGCCACUACUCUCUGAGGGAGUGUUUCCGCAACCCUCAGUUCCGCAUCUUUGCCUACCUGAUGGCCGUCAUCCUCAGUGUCACUCUGUUGCUCAUAUUCUCCAUCUUUUGGACCAAGCAGUUCCUUUGGGGUGUGGGGUGAGUGCUGUUCCCAGACAAGAAACCAAACCUUUUUCGGUUGCUGCUGGGUAUGGUGACUACGGAGCCUCAUUUGGUAUUGUCUUCCUUUGUAGUGUUGUUUAUUUUACAAUCCAGGGAUUGUUUAGGACAUGUGUUUGCUUCUGGGAACAAUUAAAAAAAAAAAACAAAAAAACGAAAAGCUUGAAGGACUGGGAGAUGUGGAGCGACCUCCGGGUGUGCCUGUGGUGUCAUGGAAGGGCAGAGAAGCAGUUCUGACCACAGAGCUCCACAGCAAGUUGUGCCAAAGGGCUGCACAAUGGUAUCCAGGAACCUGACUAGCCCAAAUAGCAAGUUGCAUUUCUCACUGGAGCUGCUUCAAAAUCAGUGCAUAUUUUUUGAGUUGCUCUUUUACUAUGGGUUGCUAAAAAAAAAAAAAAAAAAAAAAAAAAAAAUUGGGAGGUGAGCUUCAAU